AUGGGGGUUUUGGCGCGGUUUUCCGGUGAGAUUCAGAGGAUUCCGGCGAGUGUUGGCCGAAUAAAUAGGCCGUGGCUCGGCCGUGCGAGGUGCAAGUUUGCCCGUGUUGGCCGACACGGGCAUGCCGAGGAAUACCACACGGCCGUGCCAGUUGCACUUUUGGCCGUGUGGAAUUUGUCGCGAGCUCGCACGGCCAAUGGAAAAAAUCCACACGGCCGUGCCAGAAGACGAGUUGCCCGCGUCGGCCAAACGGCCAGACCAGGCCAAUCCACACGACCGUGCGAGUUGCACUUUUGGCCGUGUGGAAAUUGUCGAGGGCUCACACGGCCAGGGAAUAAUAUCCACACGGCCGUGCUAGAGUAUGGCCUGGCCGUGCGAGCUGCUGGACGCCCGAAUUCAAUCUGUUUUCACCCAAAAACGACAUUCGACUCUGGAACAUCUCAAGACUAA